AUGGCGCCGCCGCCGGAAGAUCGUUCUUCUUCAUCUCCGCCGCCACCUCCUUCACCCGCCUCCUCCUUGCCGCCGUCAUCUCCCCUCAAGAAGAAAGGAGGCUGGACAGCCAUUAAGUUCCUCUUAGCGGUGUUCAACUUCACCGUCACCACCGUCUGGGCCGGCUCCUCCAACAUCGCUUCCUUGGCCGGCGCUUUCCUCGCCGACGCCUAUCUCGGCAAAUUCCGUACCCUUCUCUACGGCAGCAUUUCCUCUUUUCUGGGCAUGGGGGUUAUGACACUAAUCGCAGCCGUACCCCAACUCCGGCCGCCGCCGUGCACAAAAACCUCCCAAAACUGCAAGGAAGCCGAAGGAUGGCAGCUGUGCGUCCUCUUCGCAGCGCUGACCCUCCUCGCCGUCGGCGCCGGCGGGAUCCGACCCUGCAACAUCGCAUUCGGCGCCGACCAAUUCGACACCCGAACCCCCAAGGGAAGGUCCCAGCUUGAAUGCUUCUUCAACUGGUGGUACUUCUGCUUCUCCGUCUCCCUCGCCGUCGCCCUCACCGCCGUCGUCUACAUCCAGACCGAAGUCAGCUGGGUCGUCGGCUUCGCCAUCCCCACCGCCUGCCUCAUCUUCUCCAUCUCCCUCUUCUUAAUCGGCCACAAAACCUACAUCCUCAAGUCCCCUGACGGCAGCCCCUUCUCCGACAUGGUCCGCGUCAUCACCGCCGCGUUCAGGAAAAGGAAAAUCAAAACCCGGCCCGACUCCCAGACCCACUUCCACGACCCAAUCGACAACAACCACGACGAAGAAAAAACAGGGGAAAAAACAGAGGAAAAAACAGGGGAAUACUCUGCCCCCAACAAUUCCAAGCUGUUACGAACGACAAGAAUGAGGUGUCUCGACAAGGCGGCGAUAAUCGUCGAUCCGUCGGAGAUCGAUGAACAGGGGAAGGCGAAGAAUCCAUGGAGAUUGUGCACAUUACAGCAGGUUGAAGGAUUGAAGCGAUUGGCGGCAACGUUUCCAGUAUGGGUAUCGGGGGUCCUCUGCUUCAUGCCGAUGGAGCAGCAGUCGGCGUUCGGAGUCCUGCAAGCGAUUCAAAUCGACCGAUCCAUCGGAAAAACCUUCCGGGUUCCACCCGGUUGGAUGACGCUAACGUCGAUGGUGACUCUGGCGACGUGGAUUUUAACGUACGAAAGAUUGCUGAUGCCUCUGGCGAGGAGAAUAACAGGGGAAUCCCAGAGGCUGACGAUCGCGAAGCGGAUCCGGGUCGGGAUCGCGAUGUCGAUCGCGGCGAUGGUGGUGGCGGCGAAUGUGGAGAGGAAGAGGAGGGAAUCGGCGGUGAGAAUCGGGGAAUUCGUUUCCCCGGAGAGCUUCGCGAUCUUGAUGCCGCAGUUUGUCUUGCUGGGGAUAACAGAGGCGUUUGCUGCUGUUGCGGUGAUGGAGUUCUUCACAACGAGGAUGCCGGAGAAUAUGAGGACGUUGGCGGGAGCGUUCUUCUUUCUGUGCCUGUCGGCGUCGAAUUAUGUGAACUCGGCGGUGGUUAACGUAGUUCGCAAGGCGACGGCGGGCGGCGGGCGGACGCCGUGGCUCGGUGGGCAUGAUUUGAAUGAGCAUAGGUUGGAUUAUUACUACUAUAGCCUUGCUGGGUUGGGGGUUUUGAACUUUGUUUACUUCCAUUUCGUUGCGAGUCGGUACGUGACGGAGAACGACGGCGGCGGCGGCGGCGGUGGUGGGGGGAGAGAGGUGGAGGUGGAGAGCGGAGACGGUGGCGGAGGAGAUUUGGGAGCGGGGAAGAUUGAGUUGUUGAACGUGAAGGCGUAUGAAGGGAAAGGAGGGGCGCAGUUUUCUGGGGAUGCAUGCUAA